CUCUUUGGGCUCCCGCCGCUUCCGGGGCGGCUCGGCCCGGUCGGCGCGGCCGCGGGGCGGACAUUUCCCGGAGCGGAGCCGCGGGCCCUCCUCAGCCGCCGGCGGCCACAGCAGGCGGGCUCCUGCGGCUGGCCUGGGAGGCGGAAGAGACGCCUGCGGCCGCCGCCGGUCCCGCCGGGAGGAUGUUUUCCUUCUCUACCGUGCAGCCCCAGGCUACUGUUCCUCUGAGUCACCUUAUCAACGCCUUUCAUUCACCAAAAAGCUCCACAACUUCUGCCAGCAAAGCAUCCAUACAGCCUGUCCAGAGGGACUCCUCUCCAGAGCAUGAUCCUCAGAAGAGUGAGUCUGUAUUUAAAAAUUUAAGAGAUCUGGGAUUGUCUGAUUUGAAAGCUAACCAGUUCAGAGAGUUGGUGAACAGGCUACUUCCUGGCUUCUGUACAGAAAGCAAAGUCUCCUCACAGUGGCACACGUCGUACGUCUCUGCUCAGUCCUUCUUUGAAAAUAAGCAUGGUUUUGUGGAUGUUUUCAGUGCUUUACGCUCAUCUUGUUUGUACAGGCAACAUCCUAAUCCCCUCCAAAAUUUCUGUUCAGAUGUUCGGUGUUGGCCAGUUUACAUACAGACACGGAACUUUAAGACUCUGAGAUCAAGAGCAAGACGUCUGCAGUCAACAUCUGAUCAAUUCACAGAAACAAAAAGUUCACUUUCUUCACUUUUGAAGGGUUUUAUCCUGAGAAGGCGACGAAUUGAUGUUGAAAACUUAGACACACUAAUGAAAACAAAAAACAUCCCAGAGGCGCACCAGGAUGCUUUUAAAACUGGUUUUGCAGAAGGCUUUUUGAAAGCACAGGUAUUCCUGCAAAAAACACUUGAUUCCUUAAGAAGAUCACGUUUGCUUUCUUUCUUUCUCUUUGUUCUUUGUUUUUAUCUUGCUAUAUAUUCAUCAUUUUUACCUGGGAAAGGUUCCUUUUCUGAUGCUGUACGCUUUCGAACAUCAAGUAUCUUUGAUGCAGCAGUUGAUCCAAUCCAGUUGAAAAAUGUCACCUUCGAACAUGUUAAAGGGGUUGAAGAAGCUAAGCAGGAAUUGCAAGAAGUUGUGGAAUUUCUGAAAAACCCUCACAAAUUUACUGUAUUAGGAGGUAAACUUCCAAAAGGCAUUUUGUUAGUUGGACCACCUGGUACUGGCAAGACACUUCUUGCACGGGCUGUGGCUGGUGAAGCUGAUGUUCCAUUUUAUUACGCGUCCGGGUCAGAGUUUGAUGAGAUGUUUGUUGGUGUGGGAGCCAGUCGCAUCCGAAGCCUGUUCAGGGAAGCAAAAGCAAAUGCACCUUGUGUUAUUUUCAUUGAUGAAUUGGACUCUGUUGGUGGGAAAAGAAUUGAAUCUCCGAUGCACCCGUAUUCAAGACAGACCAUUAAUCAGCUCCUUGCUGAAAUGGAUGGCUUUAAACCAAAUGAAGGUGUUGUUAUUAUUGGUGCAACAAACUUCCCUGAAGCAUUAGACAAUGCUCUAAUACGUCCUGGUCGCUUUGAUAUGCAAGUCACUGUUCCCAAGCCUGAUGUAAGAGGUCGCACAGAAAUUCUGAAGUGGUACCUUAAUAAAAUCAAAUAUGACCCAUCUGUUGAUCCAGAAAUAAUUGCACGAGGCACAGUAGGAUUUUCUGGAGCAGAGCUUGAAAAUCUUGUAAAUCAAGCUGCCUUAAAGGCAGCUGUUGAUGGAAAAGAUAUGGUAACCAUGAAAGAGCUAGAGUUCUCCAAGGACAAAAUUCUAAUGGGACCUGAGCGUAGAAGUGUAGAAAUUGAUGAGAAGAACAAAACCAUCACAGCUUACCACGAGUCUGGACAUGCAAUCAUUGCCUAUUACACCAAGGAUGCCAUGCCGAUCAACAAGGCCACGAUCAUGACACGAGGAACAACACUGGGACAUGUAUCUUUGCUCCCAGAAAAUGACAGAUGGAGUGAAACUAGAUCCCAGUUGCUUGCACAGAUGGAUGUCUGUAUGGGAGGAAGAGUAGCAGAAGAGCUCAUAUUUGGAAGUGACCACAUCACAACAGGUGCUUCCAGUGAUUUUGAUAAUGCUACUAAAAUUGCAAAACUGAUGGUGACUCGAUUUGGAAUGAGUGAGAAGCUUGGUGUUAUGACCUACACUGAUACGGGGAAAGUCAGCCCUGAAACCCAGUCCGCAAUUGAACAGGAAGUGAGGACGCUUCUACGGGACUCCUAUGAGCGAGCAAAGAACAUCCUGAAGACUCAUGCAAAAGAACACAAGAAUUUAGCAGAAGCUUUAUUGAAAUAUGAGACUCUGGAUGCCAAAGAAAUCCAAAUUGUUCUAGAGGGGAAAAAACUAGAAGUAAGAUGAUAACUUCUGGGAUAUGUAACUGAUAAUUUGAAGAAUGUACAUCUAGCAAUGCAGUAGUCUUAUGCAGCAUAGCCUCUUUUUCUCUUCCUGAUGUGUGUAUGGCAUUAAUAUUAAUCUGUCUCUUGUGAGCUUCUGUUACUCAUCUAUUUGUUGUGUCUCAUCAGAAUAAGACACAAAAUAAAGCAAGUUCCUCAUGCUCUGCUCCUUAUA